CACGUCUGUCCGGGCAAUGCAGACUAGGAAACAGGCCGGCUGACACGGAGAGAGGGAGAGUCCAGCCAACGGGACCCGAACCCAAAGCUGUGCAUUCCAGAUACUGUACAUUAGGGGAAUAUAUAUUACGGCGAGGGUCUUAUUCCGACUGCACUUUGCAAUCUCCGCCCCCGUACUACCCCGAGGCACAGAAUGCAGGACGGUAUACCUCGCUUACCACCGUCCACCUGCUUAACAGAACGGAAGUUAUUAGAAAAUGCAGACUUUAUUGGUGUUGAAUACCAUUCGAUGCUCACAUGCAAAUCAAAACGGGGGGUGAAGCGAGAAGAGAGCAAGGAAACCUACAAAUUACCGCAUAGACUGAUUGAAAAGAAAAGACGUGAUAGGAUUAACGAAUGCAUUUCGCAGCUCAAGGAUCUUCUUCCCGAACAUCUGAAACUGACGACACUGGGUCAUCUGGAGAAAGCUGUAGUUUUAGAGUUAACGCUGAAACACUUAAAGGCUUUAACGACUUUGACGGAGCAGCAACACCACAGGAUAAUUGCUUUGCAGAAUGGGGACGCCACGCUGAAGGUACCCAAGAGGUCGGACCUGGAUGCGUUCUACUCCGGGUUCCAAACCUGCGCCCAGGAAGUUUUGCAGCAUCUGUCUGGCUGUGAGGGCCGGUCGUCCCGGGAGCAGCUCCUCAGCCACCUGCACCGAGCAGCCAUGCAGCCCCCGCCCAGUGGAGGGGAGCGGUCUGUUGGUGACAGAGCGAGGGAGAACUGUGUGCCGGUGAUUCAGAGGGCAGCGGCGUGCCAGCAACGCAGCAGUGACACGGAUACUGACAGCGGCUAUGGCGGAGAAGGCGAGCAGGGGCUUGGCCCGCCAGUUGGGACUGGCCACGGCAGCCUCGCUGUCCAGAUUAAAUCGGAGCCUGUGGACCCCCCGGCAAAGAGGCUGAAAGUGACUGGCCCUGAGUUCGGCUGUGACCUUGGUCUUUGCCCAGUGGGGGUUGGCGGGAUAGGCCAGCAGCCCCCGUUCUGCCUGCCUCUGUGUUUCAUCACCCCAUCUGCAGCUGUUCCCUACUUGACCCUCCUGGACAAGGGCAGCUUGGAGAAGUGUUGGUGCCCAGCCCCCUUCCCACUCUUGUGUCCCGGCAUUCCGGCGCUGGUCCCUGAGACUCAGCUGGGCCGGUUUCUGUCCCUGGAGCCAGCUGCCACAGUGGGGCUCUGCCCAGCCGGGUCCCAGGCAGGACUGCCGAUCGGAAUGGAGAGGGAUUUGAGUAGAUCCCCAGAGCUGCUCCAGUCACCAGCCGGUACGUCCUAAAGGUGGUCACACAGACCCUCUUCCUUGCCCCACGUCUUCUCUUUCUUCCUUCCCCUGCCCCCCCACACACUCAAAAUGUAGUGCUGGGCAGCAUGGGCCCUGUCCUCUGAAUUGUUUCCGGAGCUGGAGAGAAGUCUUGGGCUCUAAAAUUACUCGCCCUGAAACAUGAGUUUUGAAACUAAAUCAAUAUUCUGAUCUCCAAAUGUCUUCCAGAGAUCCAUCUUCUAAAAGUUCGGAACUUCUCAGGACUGGAAUUGGUGUAUUUGGAGUGCUACAGCGCAGACCAGGCCCUCUGGCCCACAAUGUUGUGCGGACUUUUUAACCUACUCCCAAGUCAAUCUAACCCACCCACCCUUCCUCCACAGCCCUCCAUUUUCUGUCAUCAUGUGCCUGUCUAAGAGUUUCUCAAAUGUAUCUGCCUCUGCCACCACACUCGGCUGCAUGUUUUACCACUGUCAAAAAAACCUUUAUCUCUGACAUUCUCCCAAUUAUUUUCUUCAGUCACCUUAAAAUAAUGCCUUCUGGCAUUAGUCAUUUCCACAACUGGGGUAAAAAGUCUCUGGCUAUCCACUCGAUCUAUGCCCCUUAUAUAUACCUCUAUCAAGUUGCCUUUCAUCUUCCAUUGCUCCAAAGAGAAAAGCCCUACCUCACUCACCAUUUUCUCAUAAGACAUGCUCUCUAAUCCUGUUAAUUCUUCUCUGCACCCUCUCUGAAGCUUCCACGUCCUUCCUAUAAUGAGGUGACCAGACCUGAACACGAUAUUCCAUGAGUGGUCAAACCAGGGUUAUGUAGAGCAGGAAUGUUGCCUCUCAACUCUUGAAUUCCUCUGACUAAUGAAAGCCAACACACCAAAUGCCUUCUUAACCACCCCGACCACUUUGAGGGAUCUGUGGACGUGGACCAGGAACCCACUGUUCCUUCACACCAUGAUAGAAUCCUGCUCUUCACUCUGUAUGCUCAUAAUGCUUUAGAACUCCAGACCCUAAUGCUGAAGCGUUCACUAUCAUUCAUUGUGGAGUUCAACCACCUCCCUCUGAUAUUUAUGUUGACCAGACGCAGGUCCUGGAAAAAUGCCCACUUUUGUUCACCCUUUCUUCCCCGUGUCUCCCCCCCCCCCCCCCCCCGGAAUUUCAUGAAGUAAUUAAACAGAGUGAGUAUUGAAUGGGUGACAGCUUCAAAGAAAUAGUUAAAGCUGCCCUAAAUAAAAGGUUUGCAUUGACAAUAGAAGCAAGCUGUAAAUCCCCGUCCCAGUCAGUCAAAUGUGAAUUUAAGAAUAAUAAAUAUCUUGCCCUCCGAGUCUCAACAGAAGAGUUAUCGUAGUUAUAGAGUCUGUGCUGAGAUACUACUCUGCCUAGAGCCAUUGACCUGUACCAUAGUCCUCCAUACCCCUGCCAUCCAUGCAGUUAUCCAAAUUUCUCUUAAAAGUUGAAAUCAAACGCACAUCCACCACUUUGGUGAUCGUGGAAUGCUUCUGAAUUAUGUGAUAACUCUUGUGAUUCUGGGCUGAAUUGCUUUUCCUCCGUCUCCACUCCCGCCUUCCACAGCCUCACCAUCCCUGAACCCUGUCCCCAAGCCCUGCCAGACAAUUGAAGUCAUGCAGUUGUCACCAAACUGAGGAGACGGCAGCCUCGGUGAAGCCUAUUUUUAGUUGUUGCCAAGGCAGCAGGGUUGGUGAUGCUGUGAAGUGUUAUGUAACAGCUGAGGCUCGCCCUUUCUUGAGCGCGAGCCAGAACUUGUAUUCAUCCUGGUUACAUUACUGCUGCUAAAUGCCUGAUGUGCUGAGUUCUAAAAUAUAGUGGAAAUGUACAUAUCUGAAGUGGCUCUUGUGAAUUGUAAAUAGUUGGGGAACAAUCAUGGAUCUUGUCUGAAGCUAUUUUUGUAGGGGAAUUACACGUGAUAACCACUGAAUAUUUUGUCUUGAACAAAACAAAUUUAUGAAGAAUUGUUGAAUAAUGUUUGCACUUUUUGUUGAUGCUUAUGCAGUCUUAAAUUAUUAAAAUAAAUACUGUCAGCAUUUAAAACCAUUAGUUAUAAGUAUAGCUUUUGGAUAUUCAUUGUAAAGAAAAACUAUAGAAGUUUUUUAACAAGCAAACAAACAUGGAGUACAUUUAAAAUUAAUAUCCCAGUGUAAAAGCAAAAGCUGUUUUUUAUAUUAUACUUAUGACAUGCAAUAGAAAAACUAAAGUGGGAUAAUCGGAUUACUCCGUUGUGUUG